AUGGCAGAUUUUGAACUGUAUACAUACCAGAAGGAAGUGGUCGAAAGGGCUCUUCUGGGAGAGAACACAAUUAUUUGGCUGCCGACGGGAGGCGGAAAAACACGUGCUGCUGUGUAUGUGGCCCAAAAACACCUGGAGACCACACUGAACGCUAAGGUGGUGGUCCUGGUAAACAAGGUUCACCUUGUAGACCAACAUUUCACCAAAGAGUUCAAACCUCACUUAGGCCGUAACUACACUCUGGUGCCAGUCAGUGGAGAGAGUGAUGAGAAGGACUUCUUCGGUGACGUGGUGCGGGACUCAGACUUGGUCAUCUGCACAGCACAGAUCUUGUAUAAUGCUCUGACUAACAUGGAGAAAGCCAAACAUGUUGAGCUUUCAGAUAUUACUCUAUUGAUAAUCGAUGAGUGUCACCACACCCAUAAGGACUCAGUCUACAACAAGAUUAUGGGAUGCUAUGUGGAGAAAAAGUUGAAAGGACAACAAAAAUUGCCACAGAUUCUGGGUCUCACUGCAUCACCAGGGACAGGGGGCGCAAGGAUCCUAGAAACGGCUGUGGAGCAUGUGCUGCAGAUUUGUGCCAACCUGGACUCUGCCAUAGUUUCGACCAAAAACAAUACGUCUGAGCUGAAGAAUAAAGUACCCAGACCCAUCAAGACAUUUGACAUUGUGGAUAAAAGGCCUGAGGAUCCAUUGGGGGAUCAUCUGAAGUGGAUGAUGCAGCAGAUCCAUGAGUACAUGAACCUACCUCCAGACUUCAGACUGAGGGAGUGUGGCACACAAGAGUACGAGGCAGAUGUGGUGGUUCUAGAGCAGCGAGGAGUAAUAGAAAGCAACAGACUGCUAGCACAAUGUGCACUCCACCUCAGACAGUACAACGACGCCCUGCUCAUCAAUGACACCUUGCGAAUGACUGAUGCUUAUCGCUCCCUAGAGGAUUUCUACAACACCAAGUUCAACACAGAAAUUGAUGGAACAGACUUUUUCCUGGUGGGACUUUUCCAGGAGAAUCAGAUGGAGCUGAAGAACCUGGCACGGGAUUCUCGCUAUGAGAACCCAAAGAUGUUCAAACUUGAGAGCACUCUGCUGAAACAGUUUGGUCCAGGCGUGCGAUCAAGGGGGAUCCUUUUCAGUAAAACCCGUAAAAGCGUCCACUGCCUACAUGACUGGGUCCUCACCAAUGAAGCCUUGCAGAAAGCUGGCAUCAAGUCAGCCAUACUCACUGGGGCUGGCAAUGGUAUUGGUUACAUGACACAGAACGCGCAGGCGGACACAAUCCGCAAUUUCCGCAACGGUACUCUCAACCUCCUGAUCUCCACCAGUGUGGCUGAAGAAGGCCUUGACAUCCCUGAAUGCAACCUAGUGGUACGCUAUGGACUGCUUACAAAUGAGAUUGCCCAGCAGCAGGCCAGUGGGCGUGCCCGAGCAAGAGACAGCCAGUAUUCAGUGGUGGCCCAGACAGGGGGGCGGGAAGUGCGCCGGGAGCUCACCAAUGAAUAUCUGGAAGAGCUGACUGGAAAAGCCAUUGCAGUGGUCCAAGAUAUGAAGCUCCAUGAGUUUCGCAGAAAUAUAACUGAGCUACAAAAGCAGGCAGUUAUUUCCAGAAAACUUUCGGAAAGCCGCACAACAGCGAGGAGGAGUCUCAACACUGCUGCCAGUAUCCAGUUCUUGUGUCGAAACUGUUUCAAGCCUGUGGCCUCUGGCAGUGACAUUAAACUUGUUGACAACGUGCACUAUGUCAACGUCAAUCCUGACUUUAAGAGACACUACAAAGUUGGUGGGCAGGUGGUGCUAGAACGGAGUUUUGAAGACUGGGAGCCAGGGCGUACAAUCAGUUGCAAUAACGGCAACUGCAACAAGGAAUGGGGAUUUGAGAUGAAGUACAAGGAGAUAGCCCUGCUGCCCAAUAUGGCCAUUAAGCACUUUGCCCUGGAGACUCCUGAUGGCAGGAAGACUGUAAAGAAGUGGAAGGAUGUCACUUUCACUGUUGAGAACUUCAGCUUUAAAGAAUACUGCGAAGAAAACUACCCUGACACCUUUGAUGAUUGAGACACCCCCCCCACAUCACAUGUCAGUUUUUAUCUGUUUUCUCACUCUUGUCUGUUGGUGCUCCCAUCCAGUGCCUUGCACAUGCCAAUUUAGAGAAACCAUCACUGUACUGUAUGAGGUGCUUAAAUAUGAACACGUGCUUUUCUAAAAAUCCCCUCCGCAUGUGCUAGCAUUCAUUUGUGCUGCCAGGACAGUGAGGCCGCAGUGUGCUAAAACACAUUACGCAUCUGUCAUGCUUGAAAAUAGCAUGAGAGCUUUGUUUAUGCCCAAGGUCCUUAACUCUCGACUUCAUCUCAAGUCAAGUACAGAAACAAAGCACAUGAACCUUUACCAUAACGAACACUUGAUAUGUCGUGAGGAAGAUGAUUUCUCAUGAACUCUCCUUUAGCUAUUUUAAAAUGCUUUAAAUUGGCAACAAAAUUUUUACAGUAGAUGCAGUAGUAUAUACAUGUAUGUGUGUGCAUAGUUUGCAGAUGUUGUGGAUGCACUGGUAAUCUCAAAUCAUGGAUAUAAUUAUUCAAAAGUUUUACAGGAGGUUAUUUUUAACUGUAUCAUCAUAUUUUACUUGCCACUUUCAUUUUCUUUCAUUUUCUUUUGUUGCUGUGUACUUUUUUUAAAUGAUAAACUAUACAUAACUAAAACCAAAGUUGAGAUGACAUUUAAAUAAACAUUCCUCUUGAAAUGCCUAA